CGUUAAACCCUCCUUCAACACUGGAUCUUCAAGCCACCGUCUCCAGUAUUUCCAGAGAAGCCGCCGGAAGAAGAAAUUCAGCCCGAAAUGGAUUCUUGUUGUCUGAAGAGAAAAAAGCCUCCACAGAUUGAGAUCCCUAAUGUCCUCCGCGAAAUCAGUGCCGGUGCUGUCCCGAGUUUCAGACCACCAGCCACCGCCACCCGAAACACCGCCGUGCGGUCCAGCGCCAAGGGAGUCGGCGUUUUCUCCCUCAAAGGCCGCAAGAAGUUCAUGGAGGAUUCCCACAAAAUCGUGUCCUCACAUCCCAAAAAGGGGUUUUUCGGGGUGUAUGACGGGCACGGAGGGAGCCAAGCUGCUGAAUUUGUAACAGAGAAUUUGCAUUUAAAUAUUAUGGAAUGUUUGAAGACUUGUUCUGGUAGUGGUGAAGCCAGGGAUGAAGCCAUUAAAGUUGGUUACUUGAAAACUGAUAGAGACUUCUUGGAAAAGGGCAUGUGCAGUGGUGUGUGCUGUGUAACUGCUUUGAUUGAAGGAGAUGAGGUUAUAAUAUCCAAUUUAGGGGACUGUAGGGCAGUUCUAAGUAGGGGUGGAUCUGCUGAAGCCCUAACGAAAGACCAUAGAGCUGGAGAAGAUGAUGAGAGGAAACGGAUAGAGGAUAAAGGAGGCUAUUUGGAGAUUCACAGAGGAGCAUGGCGAGUUCACGGUGUACUCUCUGUUUCUAGAAGCAUCGGAGAUGCUCAUUUGAAGCAAUGGGUAAUAGCCGAGCCCGAUACAAGGAGAAUGUGCCUUACUUCAGACAUGAAAUAUCUUAUUUUAGCUUCAGAUGGACUUUGGGACAAGGUUGAGAACCAGGAAGCCGUGGACGUUGUGAUGCAAUCAUGCCAGCAAGGAACACGUUCCCAACCCAAAGAAACCGCAGGUUCAACAGAAAAUGCAUUUGUAUUCAAUUGCAAAAGCACAAGUCCCUCAUCAAAGACGAAAAGAGUCUCACUUGUGAAAUCAAACAAAGGAAAUGAGUGUGAGUUUGGCAAUGAAAAUGCAAGCCCUGCAGCACAAAGGUCUCUAAGGGCCGCGUUGGCCAGGUCAAGCGUGGCAGACAUCUGGAAAGAAGCAGACGAUGAUUUUAGCCAAGAAAAUGAGAGUCCAAUGAAGGCUCGGCGAAGAUCACUUUCACAUUCAAGUAUAAGGGCAGGUUGUUGGUCUCCAUGCUCUAAUAAGAAAAGUGUUGAUGGCUGGAAAGAGAAUGAAGAAAAGAGUUCUUCUUGUAGCCUUGUGGCUGCCUGUAAGAGACUUGUAAACCUUGCAGUGAGCAGGGGUAGUGUGGAUGAUGUAACUGUGAUGAUAAUUGAUCUUGAUCAUUUCAAAGAUUAGCCUUGAAUCAUCAAGGGCAUGUUUACUCUAGGUGCACUAUAGAAACACUCAAAACUAAUAUCCCUCCAUCCUAAAAUGAUCUUUCAGUCACUAUUCACAUGGUCAAAAUUUAAUCACUUUCUUUAUCUAUUUUUAUUAGUUAUUCGAUAAAAAUUUAUAGUCAUGUCACCUCUUAUUUUGUAGUUCUUUUGAUGUAGUUUUAAAAUAUAUAAUCUUUAUUUCUUAAUUUUACACUUAUAAUCAAAUCAAUUGAAUUUA